AUGCCACAUACAAACCACACAGCAGUGACUGAGUUUAUUCUCCUGGGACUGACAGAUCGAGCGGAGUUGCAGCCUGUCCUAUUUGUGGUAUUCCUCCUCAUCUACUUGAUCACAGUAGUGGGCAAUGGGGGCAUGAUCUUGUUAAUCAGAAGCGACUCGAGGCUUCACACUCCAAUGUACUUCUUCCUCAGUCACCUGUCCUUCGUAGAUCUCUGUUAUGCCACCAAUAUCACUCCUCAGAUGCUGGUUAAUUUCUUAUCCAAGAGAAAAAACAUUUCCAUCACUGGUUGCUUUAUACAAUUCCACUUUUUCAUUGCCCUGGCGAUUACAGAGUAUUAUUUGCUCACAGCGAUGGCUUUUGACCGUUACAUGGCCAUCUGCAAACCCUUGUUAUAUGGUAUCAAAAUGUCCAGAGGUGUCUGCAUCUGUCUCGUUGCUAUUCCUUAUAUUUAUGGCUUUGCAAACGGCCUGGCACAGACCAUCCUGAUGCUUCGUCUCUCCUUCUGUGGACCCAACGAAAUCAACCACUUUUACUGUGCGGAGCCACCUCUCCUAGUUCUUGCCUGUUCAGAUACUUAUGUCAAAGAAACUGCCAUGUUUGUGGUGGCUGGUUCCAACCUCACCUGCUCCCUCACCAUGAUUCUCAUCUCCUACGUUUUCAUUUUUGCAGCCAUUUUGCGUAUUCACUCUGCUGAUGGGAGACGCAAGGCCUUCUCCACUUGUGGGUCCCAUCUCACAGCCGUCACUAUCUUUUAUGGGACGCUCUUCUGCAUGUAUUUGAGGCCCCCUUCGGAGGCGUCUGUAGAACAGGGGAAAGUUAUAGCUGUGUUUUAUAUCUUUGUGAGUCCUAUGUUAAAUCCUUUGAUCUAUAGUCUGCGAAACAAAGAUGUUAAAGAAGCAAUAAGGAAAGUUAUCCAAAAGAAAUUGUUUAAUAAAUAA